AAAUUGUCUGAGUGCUUCAGACACAGAGGCAGAGGGGAAGCAGAUAAAGAGUGCAUAAAGUGGGGGAAUUCCUAAACAGAGAGGACAUAAAGUACUCAGGGCUGCACAGAAACUCAUUAUAAGUGUAUUAUAAAGAAUUUAAGGAGUUUGUUAAGAUUGUCAGUUUUAAGAAGUGGAUAAAACCAUGGUUCCUUUUUGCUGAGACAUAAGCAAAAUAUUGCACAGGAGGAAGAAAAGACACUGCAAAGCAACACAAAAGACCCAUUCAAGUGCAAGGUAACAAUGCCAGGAGACCAGCUGCACAUGAGCCGCUUCCUCUUGUUGAUUGUGGCGUUAUCGAUGGUGUUUGAGGUGCAGCACAUCCAGGGCUGUUACACCGGCUCUGCGUCAGAGUGUGAAAAAGCCUCUUUUGUUCCCGGUCAUAACCUGGCUGGAGAAGGCUUCGAUGUGGUCCGGAUGAGGCGAACUGGAGCCUACGUGAUAAACGUCAAAGCCCACCUGUCCAACAACCACACCUGUACACUGUGCCCCAACCGCUUCCAACAAGACCAGGUUCAGAAGCUUCCAGCGGCCGUACUAGACUGGCGUCCUUUCAGCCGCUGCAGUAAACAGCUGUCCAGUGCUCUUCACCAUUCUGUGGACUCACUGUUACGCAGCUCCAGCUCUCUGGUCAGCAACAACUGGGGUCUAGGCUUAAGUCUGGAUGAGAUCGGGAAGGCUGUGCUCGGAGGGAGUCGCUCUGAUUUGGCCAAAUUUGCCCGCUCACAGCACAGUGUGGACAGAGCCACUUUCGCCACCCAUGAAAUCAGCUGCACUUACUACAGCUACAGACUGGCUGACCAUCCACAGCUGAGCGCAGAGUUCACCAAACAUCUGAAGAGACUCCCACAGAGCCUGACCACCAGUCAGGACAAAGCUCUCUAUAGACGCCUCAUUGACACUUACGGAACACACUACAUUCACCAGGUCCAACUUGGAGGCAAAGUGAGAAGAAUAACAGCUUUCAGGACCUGCUUGGCGACUCUAAAGGGGUUCUCGGAGGCACAGAUCAAGAACUGUCUAAAUAUCGAGCUCCGUAUGGCUCUUGGCAUUCUACCUGCAAAUGCAACGGUUUCCAACAAGUGUGACAACUUCCUAAAGGGUAACAUGAGUAUGGGGUUCUACCAAGGCUUCAUGACCCAUAAAAUUGAAGUUUUUGGAGGUGAGAGGUACUUCCCAGAUAUUUUAUACCACCAAGACCCAUCUGAGUCCUACCAUAGCUGGAUGAACAGCCUCCAGGACAAUCCAGAUGUGGUUUCCUAUGCAAUUUUCCCUUUGCACCAUCUGGUAGACGACCCACAAAUCAGCGCGAACUUGAGGAAUUCGGUCACGGAGUACAUCAAGGAGAACCAGCUGCAAGAAGAUCAGCUGGGCAUGAAAAAGUGCUCACCAAAACCCAAUCUUGACCACAACUGCUGUCCUUUAAGAGCAGGAAGGGGGACGUUAACUUUAGAAAUCCACAGAGCAUCUGGACUAAGAGCAGAUACUUUCACGAAAACAGAUGCGUAUGUAAAAAUAUUCUACAAUGGUAUGUACGAGGAGACGGCAACAGUUAUGGACGACAACAAUCCAGUUUGGAAUGCCAGUUAUGCGUUUGGAUCGGUGGAGCUGGGUCAGGAGAUGUGGUUUGAGGUGUGGGACCGGGACGUGCUGUACAAUGACAUGGUCGGGAGGUGCCUGGUGUUCCCCGAGAGAGGAACUCAUGGGCUCAGCUGCCGACUCAAGAAAGGAGUUCUGUAUUUUAGUUACACUAUUAAAUGUGACGCUCACCUCACGGGGUUCAGGUGCGGGCGGUACUCUCCCAGUGCAGAGUAGAUCAUUGUUUUACUGUGAAAUUAAAAUUGUGUAUUAUGUAUGUUGAGGUAAUUUUAGAAGGCAACUUAAUCCAUGUAUUCGUCCAUUCAUUUUUCAAAAUAAAACCAAAGAUAAACGAAAAAUCUACAAUUUUCUUCAGUUUUUGUCUCCAAAACCAAAAUGAAAAAAAAAACCUGGUAACUAUUUGGUUUUUCAGUUUUUGAUUUUGUGUUUAAAUUAAUAAUGGAAAAUCAUUGGACUGAACCAGGACUAUCGGGUGAUCAGGACUGAGACCAAGACCAGACAGAGACUGAAACAGGACUGAUCCCAGGACUACACUAGAACACUAGACUUAAAUCAGGACUGAACCAGGUCUAACCCAGGACUAAACUGAUCAGUCCUGGGCUGGUCCUGGUACCGGUCUCAGUCCUGAUCACACUUUCGGGCCUGUCCCGACACUCAGGUCCUGGUUUAGUCCUGGUCCAGUCCUGGUUCAAUCCGUAUGCGGCGGAAAAGUCCGGCUGUUUAAGUCACGGCAACGGCUGUUAUCGUUUUUUUUUUUCUUUUCCCCAUUAUUAAUUUAAACAGAAAAUCUCUAACUGAAAAAACAAAUCAUCUGUUUUUUCAUUUUGUUUUAUGCUUUUUUUUUUUUUUUUUUUUUGCAUUUUCUUAUCUUUGGUUUUAUUUUGAAAAAAUUAAUGAACGAACGAUACACAGAUUCAACUUAACACAUUUAUUAGCGAACAAUGGAUUUUGGACAAGUAUUUGCAUUUUAGCCCAUUUUGUAAUAUUUACAGUAGCUGUUAAAGUAUUGCGGAAUAAAAGACAUAACUCAUUUGUAGAGAAUAGUUGUUUUGUGUGUGUUUCUUAUAUUAAUGAUGAUUAGAGAUUGUCAUUUUAAGAUUGUAAAUGAAAGUGAACGGUUUAAAUUUAAGCAGUAAAACCAAAUGUACCUAAUUAAAUACUUUUGAUAAAAUGGCAGAGAGAGUUUUAUUACUCAUCAUUUCCAUCCAUUAUGUCAGGAACCUGAGUGCAUGAGUGAGAGUGGUGAUGCAGACUGGGGACCUUGCUUCCAUCAGUCGA